AUGGGCCACACGUGCCGUGGCACCAUCAACCUGGCCACAGCCAACAUCACCGUGGAGGAUUCCUGCAAUUUCAUAAUCUCCAACGGCGGAGCCCAGACCUACCACCUCAAGGCCAGCUCCGAGGUGGAGCGGCAGCGCUGGGUCACCGCCCUCGAGCUCGCGAAGGCCAAGGCUGUCAAGAUGCUGGAGGAGUCAGACGACUCCGGCGACGAGUCCGUGUCGCAGACGGACAAGACGGAGCUGCAGAACACCCUGCGGAUUUUAUCCAGCAAGGUGGAGGACCUGAGCACCUGCAACGACCUGAUCGCCAAGCACGGCACGGCCCUGCAGCGCUCCCUCAGCGAGCUCGAGGCCCUGCGGCUCCCUGCGGAGAGCACGGAUAAGAUCAAGCAGGUCAACGAGCGGGCCACGCUCUUCCGCAUCACCUCCAACGCCAUGAUCAAUGCCUGCCGGGAUUUCAUGCUCCUGGCACAAACGCACGGGAAGAAGUGGCAGAAGUCGCUGCAGCAGGAGCGGGAUCAGCGCAUUCGGCUGGAGGAGACGCUGGAGCAGCUGGCCAAGCAGCACAACCACCUGGAAAGGGCUUUCCGGGGGGCCACGGUGCUCCCUGCCGGCACGCCCGGCACUGGAGGCUCUGGAAAAGAUCUGUGCUGCCCUGCCAAAGGUGACCUGAGUGAUGAGGAUGAUGACAACAAUGAGUUCUUUGAUGCCCCGGAGAUCUUCCCCAUGCCUGAUGUCAUGGGCCACAAGAGAACUGGGAGCAACAUCAGCGGCACCAGCAGUGACAUCAGCCUGGAUGAGCAGUACAAGCACCAGGUUGAAGACACCAAGAAAGAGAAGAGAACCCGCAUUCCCUACAAACCCAACUACAGCCUCAACCUCUGGAGCAUCAUGAAGAACUGCAUCGGGAAGGAGCUGUCCAAGAUUCCCAUGCCAGUGAAUUUCAAUGAGCCGCUGUCCAUGCUGCAGCGGCUGACGGAGGACCUGGAAUACCACGAGCUCCUGGAUCGGGCAGCGCGGUGCGAGAGCUCCCUGGAGCAGCUGUGCUACGUGGCCGCUUUCACCGUGUCCUCCUACUCCACCACCGUCUUCCGCACCAGCAAACCCUUCAACCCACUCCUGGGGGAAACCUUCGAGCUGGAUCGCCUGGAGGAGAACGGAUACCGCUCCCUCUGCGAGCAGGUGAGCCACCACCCGCCGGCCGCUGCCCACCACGCCGACUCCAAGAACGGCUGGACGCUGCGCCAAGAAAUCAAAAUCACCAGCAAAUUCCGAGGGAAAUACCUCUCCAUCAUGCCUCUGGGUACCAUCCACUGCGUCUUCCACUCCUCCGGCCACCACUACACGUGGAAAAAGGUGACGACCACCGUGCACAACAUCAUAGUGGGGAAGCUCUGGAUAGACCAGUCAGGUGAGAUUGAGAUCGUCAACCACAAGACAGGGGACAAGUGCAUCCUCAAGUUUGUCCCUUAUAGCUACUUCUCUCGGGAUGUGGCAAGGAAGGUGACCGGGGAGGUGAUGGACCCCUCGGGAAAGGUGCAUUUUGCCCUGCUGGGCACGUGGGACGAGAAGAUGGAUUGCUACAAGGUCCAGGUGGGAACAGGGGACAACGGAGCUGAGGCGCGGCCACGAGCCCACGAGGCCGAGGACAGCCGGGUGCUGCUGUGGAAGCGGAACCCUCUCCCGAAGUAUGCAGAGAACAUGUACUACUUCUCGGAGCUGGCGCUGACCCUGAACGCGCCGGAGAGCGGGACGGCCCCCACGGACAGCCGGCGGCGCCCGGACCAGCGCCUCAUGGAGAACGGGAGGUGGGACGAGGCCAAUGCCGAGAAGCAGCGGCUGGAGGAGAAACAACGGCUCUCUCGAAAGCGCCGCGAGGCCGAGGCCACCCGCGCCACCGAGGAUGGUAAGGCGGGGCUGUCAGACAGGGAUGUCGCCCCUCAGUGUCCCCCCCAGGCCCUCACCCCGCUGUGCCCCCCAGGAACACCCUACGAUCCCUACAAACCGCUGUGGUUCGAGCGGAAGAAGGACCCGGUGACCCAGGAGCUGGCGCACAUCUACAAGGGGGGCUACUGGGAGAGCAAGGAGAAGCAGGACUGGAGCUUGUGCCCAGAUAUUUUCUGAGCCCGGCGAGGAGGAG